UCGAACUGGAAAACUACAAAACAGUUGGCCUACGCUCAGAAUGUCAACUUCGUGAGACACUAACAAGCCAACCCGGAAAACCCAAAUCCAAAGUAGCUGCAAAAAACAAACUGAACAAACUAAGCUACCCAGCAUGUUGACCAAGAAGUUCCGACUGCUUAAUUGCUCGACAAAGCAAGUCCGUGGACUGGCAGCUUUAAAGGCGGCCAUGGCUCUACCGGAAGAAAAGCCAAUUAAUACCAAAUCCGAAGUUCACCGAGCUCCUUAUCCAUUUACCAUGAAAGUCGCACCUUUCAUAGACCCAAAGUGCAUUCAAAAAAACAAAUAUUCAUCAGGGUCGAAAGUUCAGCAGGGGCACAGGGGAUACACCUUUGACUAUCAUGCUUUUUCGAUGUACGACUUGAUGGAUGCCGCCCUCAAGGCGAAGGAGGAAUCUGCCAAAUACGCCAAGAAUCGCAUUGAGAUGGAGAGGCAGAUGCUUUUGAAGAUGAAAAUUCCUCCAGACUUUUAAAUUGUUAGCUGUGAUAAUUAAUUACUUGUAAUCAUUAAAUUAUUCAAAGAGA